GUUUUAUUUAUUUCUUGUUUAGUAAUUUUUUAUAGAAAACAAUAUAUAGAAGAAGAUUUUAAUAUUAAUCGAUUUAUUUUAUUAGUAUUAAUAUUUGUAUUAUCAAUAAUAAUAUUAAUUAUUAGACCAAAUUUAAUUAUAAUUUUAUUAGGUUGAGAUGGUUUAGGAUUAGUUUCUUAUUGUUUAGUAAUUUAUUUUCAAAAUGUAAAAUCUUAUAAUGCAGGAAUAUUAACUGCAUUAUCUAAUCGUAUUGGAGAUGUUGCUUUAUUAUUAGCAAUUGCUUGAAUAUUAAAUUAUGGUAGAUGAAAUUAUAUUUAUUAUUUAGAAAUUAUAAAAAAAGACUUUUGUAUAAUAAUUAUUGGUUAUUUAGUAAUAUUGGCUGCUAUAACAAAAAGAGCCCAAAUUCCUUUUUCUUCUUGAUUACCUGCAGCUAUAGCAGCCCCUACUCCUGUAUCAGCAUUAGUUCAUUCAUCAACUUUAGUAACAGCUGGAGUUUAUUUAUUAAUUCGUUUUAAUUUAUUAAUUAUUGAUAGAAAAAUUAGUCAAAUUUUAUUAUUAAUUUCUGGUUUAACAAUAUUUAUGGCUGGAUUAGGAGCUAAUUUUGAAUUUGAUUUUAAAAAAAGUAUUGCUUUAUCUACUUUAAGACAAUUAGGUUUAAUAAUAAGAAUUUUGUCAAUGGGAUAUAUAAAAUUAGCUUUUUUUCAUUUAUUAACUCAUACUUUAUUUAAAGCAUUAUUAUUUAUAUGUGCAGGUGUUGUAAUUCAUUGUAUAAGAAAUAUUCAAGAUAUUCGAUUUAUAAGAAAUUUAAGAAUAAGAAUACCAAUAGUAUGCGGAUGUUUUAAUGUAGCUAAUUUAGCUUUAUGUGGAAUACCUUUUUAG